CGGCCCCGGCGGUUUAGUCGAUUUUGAACUUUUUACGCGUUCGCUGUCUAAGUCUUUUGUCCGUACUUUAUCCAUCAUGAAAUACGCUUUGAUUGCUCUUGCCCUCUUCGUGGCCUCAGCUGCUGCGGCCUCUUCCGCUGGACAAUUUGUGCCCCGCGCAUUCUUCACUCUGGACUCCGAGGGCCGCCAAUCGGAUGUGCAUCCCGUCAAUGCCCGUCUGCUGAGGCGUCUGCGUCGUGAGGUGUUCAGCUCUUCGUCCUCGUCGUCCUCAUCCUCCUCCUCGUCUGGCAACGGCGGCAGCAUCACCUUCGCCUCCCACUCCAUUCACAAUCACGAUGGAUCUGGCCAAGUCGGCACCUCCUACACCCACCAGGCGGCUCCAGCUGCCCUUGGCGUGAACCUUGAGAGCCGUUUCGGCGAGGACUCUGCUACCGGCGCUUACAAUCCCUCAUACGUCGCCGCCGGCAGCUACGGCACUGGUCUGGGCAGCAAUGCCGGAUACGGCAGCACCAUCGGCAGCAGCAUCGGCACCCAGCAGUCGUACGGCAGCAGCGUUCCCGCCACCCAGAUCCAGCAGACCCUCAGCUCCUUUGACGCCUCCGGCAACCAGAAGGUGACCACCCUCCAGGGUGCCACCGACCACACCGGUGUCCUCAACGUGAAGAAGACUGAGUUCCAGUAUCCCUCUAACUAAGGGAGAGUUCCAGAGUAUAGGAUAUACCUACAUAAUCGAGAGUGUUAACUGAAGAGAGGGAAA